AUGGAUCAAAGUAAGGAAGUCAUCAUCAUUGGAGCUGGCAUCUCCGGCUUGGGAAUGGCCAUCCAGCUGAAACGGCUGUUGGGCCAUGAUAACUUCACCAUCUACGAGAAAUCCGACAAUAUUGGCGGAACAUGGUGGCACAAUCGCUACCCUGGAUGUGCCUGCGAUAUCCCUAGCCAUUUUUAUUCAUACAGCUUUGCACUAAAACAUGACUGGACUACGAUGUUUCCUGGUCGUGAUGAGCUCCAUCAGUACUUCUUCUCUGUUGCCGAAAAGUACGACAUACUCCCCCACUGUCGGUUCAACGCUAUGUGUGUCAGUCUAGCCUGGGAUAAUCCACGUUCCCUAUGGACUUGUACCUUCCAAGACACGAUCUCUGGAGAAAUCUUCAAGAAAGAGGCCCCUGUCGUGGUCAGCGCUAUUGGGACGCUUGGCCGGCCUUACAUUCCAAAUAUCAACGGGUCGGAGUCGUUCCAGGGGGAAGUCUUUCAUAGUGCAAGGUGGAACGACUCCUUUAACCCCGCGGGGAAGAAGAUUGUGGUCCUUGGCAAUGGAGCCUCUGCUACUCAAUUUGUUCCCGAGCUAGUCAAGGAUGUUGGGCCUAAGGGCACGGUAACGCAGUUUGUACGGAGUGCCCAUUGGUGGACCAAGCGGGGUAAUCCGCAAUACUCGGAAGGCUUCAAGCUUGUCCUGAAGCAUGUUCCCUUCGCAGCGAAGGUCUACCGUAUCAUUCUCGCAUGGCAACUAGAAAGAGUCUUUUCUUCGUUCUACAUGAACAGCAAUGGCGCUGCUAUGCGACAAAAGAUCCGUGAUGCUACCUACUCGUUCAUUGAAAGCGACGCGCCGCCCCAGUACCAUGAAAUCCUCAAGCCAAAAUAUGAGCCUGGAUGCAAACGUCGAGUCAAUACCGCUUCCUACAUGGCUUGUUUACACUCUCCACAGAUGCUAUUGACCGAUAAUUCUGUGGUGAAGGUAGGCCCGGACUACGUGGAGACCAAAAGUGGAGUCCGUCAUGUAGCUGAUGCAAUAAUCUACGCUACGGGCUUCCAAACUCAGAAGUGGCUAUUUCCCAUGCAGAUUAAUGGAAUUAACGGUAAGGAUUUACACCAAGUCUGGGAUGCUGCCGGCGGCGCCGAGGCGUAUAAAGGUACCGUGGUGAGCGGGUUUCCCAAUUUCUUCAUAUUGUACGGUCCGAAUGCUGCAACUGUUCUGAAGGGCAAGGCCGACUCGAUUAUGGUCAGAUCUGAAGCGCAACAACGAGACCUAUCCUGGGUCCAUGACAAGUUGAGCCAUCUUGUGUUCAAUAGCGGCUGCCAGAGCUGGUGGAUGGAUCCAGUGACCAGGAAGAAUACCUUCAUUUACCCCGACCCUAUGUACAAGUAUUGGCUUCGUACGAUUUUACCGUCCUGGCCUGACUUUGAUUUACUGAAGAACGGAAAAAGGCGCAGCAGCUGCGGCCAGAUGCUCUCCAUGGGAGUGUUUUUAAUGGGUCUGGCAGCUUUUACUGUCACUAAUUCUUCGGAUGUCCAAAUACUGAUAGAGAAGGCCUCUAGCUGGUUGCUAUCAAUGUUCAUCGAUCUUAACCGCAAGUUGUGA